AUGAUAUGCGCGACAACAGAGAACUUGAACAGGUUGAAAUAUUUGAGAUACCUCAACGUUUCUCUGAAUAACAUCACAGUGAUUGAAAAUCUGGACGGGUGCGAAUCUCUGGAAAAAUUGGAUUUGACUGGGAACUUUCUCGAUGUGACGUCGAUCGAACCGUCGAUGGAAAAUCUCUCAAAAUGUGAACGUUUGAGGAGUUUGUUUUUAAUCGGCAAUCCGUGCUUGGAGGAGUUUGAGCGAUUGAGGGAAUACGUGAUUGGAUGCUUGCCAGGGUUAGCAGUUCUAGACGGGAAGGAGAUUACGGAGGAGGAGCGACGAGAGUGCGCGAGGGAGAAGAACGAGAUCGUCGAGGCGUUGAAAGCGAAGAUCGAGGAGAAGAAAGCGAGUGGAUCGACCGGUUGCGUGUGGAACGCGAAAACUCGGUACGAAUCAUUUCUAGAAGAAGAGAGAACGAAAAAUAAUCGAGAGGAAGAAAAAGAAACGUCAUCGAGGAAGAUUCAAAGUAAGAGGACGUUCGAGCGACCAAAGAAACCGCCGCGAGAAGGCUUCGACGAGCUUCCGGAGAAUACCGACGCGAUUUUGCAAGUCAACGAAGGAAAGUACGAGUUCACGCUCGGCAGUGAAGGUGAAGAUAUUGAUGCAGAUGCGAAUACGAUCAUUCUGAGGGUUCAAAUACCGAAACAUUUCGAUACGUCUUUGGUAGACGUCGAUUGUCAUUCGGAAAUCGUACGCGUGUUGAUUAAAGGCGAGUUGCUUUUGUUGCGUUUCCCAGAAAAAGUGCGCGAAGAGACGUGUAAAGCGUCCAGAAGUCAAACAACUGGAGAGUUGAAAGUAAGCGUGGAGAAAACGAAGAAAAAAAUGAUGGCGAAAGAUUUCGUUAUCGCUGAGGCUGCACCUUGA